CGAAGUGGACCGAACCGAAAUCGUGUAAGAGGACGCAGUUUUGUAUUUCAUUUAGCCCUAGUCCCUAAUCCCCGCCUCGCUGCGUGCUCACUCGCUCCCCUCACCCCACGCCGUCUCGCCUAACCCCGCGGGCUUCCUCUUCCCCUCGAGUCCUCGACGUCGACCUCGCUGUGUCUUCUCUCGACAGUUAAAGCUCGAUUCUCAGUUCAAAGCUUGAUUCGUGGGGAUUAAAGCUCGACAUCGAUUCGUGGGGAUCAAAUUCCACCUGCAAUUCCAGGAGUCGCGACCUGUGAGCUCGCUUCCUCUCCGUCUCAGACCUGUUUAGGCACUCUGUGUGAAUCAUUCUCAGGUGUAGAUUUGCAUUAACCAUGGUUGAUGUGGAACAAGUUCUGGAAAGUGAUGCACCAAGCUCUCUAAUCGAUCAGCUUGGUGACGCAUUACUGGAACUAAAUGCACACAAUGAUACUUCUGAGGACCAGGUUCAGUGGGAAGAAAUUGAAGAGCAUUUCCGCAACCUUGAGACAACACUGAGGAAGAAUUUUGAAGAGCUUGAAGCCAAGGAGAAGAAAUUUGCGGAGCAGGAAGCUGAAACCUGUGCUUCACUUGCGGAGAGAGAGGCAGCUGUUAUUGCUAAAGAGCAAGACCUUUUGGAUCGAGUGCAGGAGCUAAAAGAUGCAGCUGUUACUGCUAUUUUUGAGGCACGAGUCAUUCACCAGCCAACAACUUCAAAACCUGUGGAUGAUGGGGAUAACAAAAACAGCAAGGUAAGCAGCUCUCUUGGUGAUACAAAUUCAUCAGAGGAGGAUUUUCCUCAUAAAACAGGUGAUAAUGCUGAGGGUAUGGCUUCUGAGGUUAAGCCACGCCCAGCACUGAUGAAAUUUUGCGAGCAGAUGGAUGCAAAAGGGCUUCUGAAUUAUGCUACUGAGAAUUAUAAAAAACUAAAUGUUAUUCGUGAGGAACUUUCUGUUGCACUAGAAAGUGCAGGUGAACCAGCACGAUUGGUGCUGGAUUCACUGGAGGGGUUUUACCCUCCGGAUGAGACUAACCAACCAGAGGGUAAGAAGGAUGCUGCCCUUCAGGGCAUGCGCAGAUCCUGUCUAAUGUUUAUGGAAGCCAUGACUGCCUUAUUGGCAAAGGUUGACCCAGGUGCUGAUCACCUUUUGAACCCUGACACCAAGCAGCAAGCCAAAGCAAUUGCUGAUGAGUGGAAGCCUAAGUUGGCUAGUGAUGCUGCCAAUGGAAUUUCAUUGGAAGCAGAGGCAUUCUUGCAGCUCCUCGCUACUUUUAGGAUUACUUCUGAGUUUGAUGAAGACGAACUCUGCAAGUUUGUUCUUGCAGUUGCUCACCGCAGGCAGACACCUGAGCUCUGCCGCUCUCUUGGUUUAACACACAAAAUGCCAGGUCUUGUUGAAUCAAUGGUCAGCGGUGGGAAACAAAUUGAUGCUGUACGGUUUAUUCAUGUCUUCCAGCUUACUGAAAGUUAUCCCCUUGUGCCACUUCUAAAGACGUACUUGAAAGACUUGAGGAGAAAUUCACAAGGGGACAGCACAGGAGAUGGUACUGGUGCACAGGAUGAUGUUAAUGCAAAAGAGCUUGGUGCACUGAAGGCCGUAAUAAGGUGCGUGCAAGAGUUCAAGCUUGAGGCUGACUACCCCCUUGAUCCGCUACAGAAAAGGGUUCAUCAACUAGAGCGAUCCAAAGCUGAUAAGAAGAGAAGUAAUGAAUCUAAACGUCAACAGCAAAAGAAGCAAAAAAUCAGUGGAAGAUGGCGUGGUUACCGUGGCCCAGGUGUUGCUGCAACCUCUGCCCCGGCUGCUGCUAGGCACGGGCAACCUGUUUUUGGUGAUAGGGCGGGAUAUGGUGGGAUAUUGGAGAGGUAUGCUCAGCGUCCACUCGCAUACGAUUACCAAGUUCCCAGCCAGGCUGCUUAUGUUCCACAAGCUAAUGAUCAAAGGUUAUAUUACUAUCCCCAAGACGACAGAGUCAAACCAGCCCCGUUUAAUGCUACUCCAUCCAAUUAUGGCGGUUACGCUGGCAGUGGAAUGCAGCCUCAGCACCAGCCGUACAUGUAGCCUUGUAUUUUGAUGUGCCUUGCAGAUAUAUUGGCUGCUCGGAAUCUGAAAGAAUAUUUUGUUUUGGCUGCGAUACCAGCUGGUGAGAAAUUUGUAGGAAUUAACUUUUCUAGUUAAAGAGGCUAUGAAGAUCUCCAUGACAGAAAAGCAUUGUACUGAAAAUUUUUGCUCUUUGUCAACGUACAAGUCUCUUUGUCAACAAUAACAUAGACUAUUUACGUGCAAGGAGUUGUUCCUCCGUAACGGUUAAGCAUAGAAAACUUUUUUAUAAAA